CCGAGAGAACGAGCAGGACAAAACGUCUCUUUCUCCGCGUCUUCCUCCAGCUCCGCGUCUCCGGACCCUCCUCACCCACGCGCCAACCCCUGGGUGUCUUCACGACUGGAGCCAGGACAGGAUAAGAAGAAAGAAAUUUCCAAUAGCCUCCACAAUCGGAUUUUUUUUUUAUGUGUUAUUAUUAAUAUUAUUGCUUCAGCGACAUUUCCCUUCUUUUUCUUCUUUCCUCGGCUGAUUUCGUCUCUUUUGUCUUUCGGUGGUGUUUUUUUGUUUUUUGUUUUUUUUUGUUUGUUUGUUUUCUUUUAUUUAUUGCUCCGUUCCGCUGGCUUGCUGGGUUUUGCAGAGGAGCGCCACCAUCCUGUGCUGCCUGACAUGGUUGCAGCGGAAUGAUACACAGAUCCUAGCAUGCAUAUCUGAAGGUUGAUGGAAGAUUGACGAUCCGUUUCUACGUUUUUUUUUUGUAGUAGCCUAGAAGACGCUCCAUCUGCAGAGGUUUCGGAUUUUCCUCCCUCUCUGAGCCGAUCAUCUGCCGCUCCAGCGUUUUCUUUCUUUCUGUCCCCUGCGCAGCAUCUCUCUGUACGCACGGCGCACCACGGAGAAAAAACGCGCAGCUAAACCCACUCCGUCCGUAAGAAACAGGCGUAUUUUCCGAUUCCUAACGCUUUUGCCUUCUCCGAGGACUCGUCUGCUACGGCUACGCUGCGUAAAAAUACACGGAAAAAGGGGGAUUUAAACGCAAACGCAGCCUAAGCAUCCAAGAGCAAGCUCGAAAAUGAUGGCCGGCGGAGCAGUACAGCAAAACGGCAUUUUCUCAAAUCCUCACCAUCACAAUCAACAACCACACAUGGAGUCCGAUCCUCCGGACUCGCGUAAAAGACCCCUGGAGACCCCGACGGAGGCCAGCAGCACCAAACGCACAAACACGGGAGUGGCCUUCCUGCAGCCCCUAUUUGAAACUGAAGGCAUUGUAUUCCCUCACCAAGAAACUGAGACUCAUGAGGAAGGCGAGUACUUCCUGAAGGUUUUGAUUCCCAGCUAUGCGGCGGGUUCAAUCAUCGGGAAGGGAGGUCAGACCAUCGUCCAGCUGCAGAAAGAGACUGGAGCCACCAUCAAACUGUCCAAAUCCAAAGACUUCUAUCCCGGGACGACAGAGCGAGUGUGUCUGAUCCAGGGCACCGUGGAGGCGCUCAACGGCGUCCACGACUUCAUCGCCGAGAAGGUGAGGGAGAUGCCCCAGAGCACCCAGAAGACAGAGCCGGUCAGCAUCCUGCAGCCGCAGACCACCGUCAACCCGGACCGCGUCAAACAGGCCAAGCUGAUCGUCCCCAACAGCACGGCGGGGCUGAUCAUCGGUAAGGGCGGCGCCACAGUCAAGGCGGUGAUGGAGCAGUCCGGGGCGUGGGUCCAGCUGUCCCAAAAGCCCGAGGGCAUCAACCUGCAGGAGCGCGUGGUCACCAUCAGCGGCGAGCCCGAGCAGAACCGAAAAGCAGUGGAGAUUAUUGUCCAGAAGAUCCAGGAGGACCCACAGAGCUCCUCUUGCCUCAACAUCUCCUACUCCAACAUCACAGGGCCCGUCGCCAACUCCAACCCCACCGGGUCCCCGUACGCCAACUCGACCGAGGUCAUGCCGGCCGCGGCGGCCGCUGCAGCAGCUACCGCCUCCUCUCUGCUCGGCCAGGCGGGCCUGGCUGGGGUGGGAGCCUUCCCAACCACCAUGUCCAGCCUCUCAGGCAACGACCUGCUCGCCAUCACCUCCGCCCUCAACACACUGGCCAGCUAUGGGUACAACACCAACUCUCUGGGCCUGGGGCUGAACCCUGCUGCAGCCUCAGGGGUGUUAGCCGCCGUAGCAGCUAACGCCAACCCAGCAGCGGCCGCCGCAGCUAACUUGUUAGCAUCCUAUGCCAGCGAUGCAUCCACCAGCGCAGCUCAUCCUGCAGCCAGCCUCGGAGGCUUCUCCCUGGGAUCCCUAGCUGCUGCUACGGGGGCCACCAACGGCUACCUGAGCGCCGCGUCGCCACUGGUGGCGUCAUCUCUACUGGCCACAGAGAAGCUCGCAGAAGGAGCGAAGGAAGUGGUCGAGAUCGCUGUGCCAGAGAACCUCGUGGGCGCCAUCUUGGGGAAAGGAGGGAAGACGCUAGUGGAGUACCAGGAGCUGACCGGUGCCAGGAUCCAGAUCUCCAAGAAAGGCGAGUUCAUCCCCGGAACUCGGAACAGGAAGGUGACCAUCACAGGUUCCCAGGCCGCCACGCAGGCUGCACAGUACCUGAUCAGCCAGCGAAUCACCUACGAGCAGGGGGUACGCGCCACCAACCCACAGAAGGUGGGCUAAACCUGACAGCCAAUGAGAAACGAGGAGGAAAAGAGGAAAAAAAAAAAAAAAAAAAAGAGAGU